UAAAUAUGUCAAAACUGUGUUUAUAUGGGAAUUAUUUUACUAUGGUAAUGUAACCAUCAUAACGACAAUACUGUCAAAUGUAUUUUUGUGUGUUGGUAUAAUUUGAUUUGUAUCGUGUCGCACUGUUUUUCGAAUCAUUAACGAUGGAUGCCUACGACAGAGAACCGUGCCCAAUGCGAGUUAUGGAUGAUAUAGGCAGUGCAUUUGCCUUGGGCCUCAUCGGUGGAGGAAUAUUCCAGGCGGUUGAGGGUUUCCGAAACGCACCGACCGGAUUCAGAAGGCGUUGCAAAAGCGCUUUUCAAUCGGCCACCACCCGAGCUCCGGCCAUCGGCGGAACGUUUGCUGUUUGGGGUGGCCUGUAUGCCGCCAUUGAAUGCACAAUGAUCGGCAUCAGGAAGAAGGAAGACCCAUGGAACACGAUUACUAGCAGCGCUCUGGCCGGCGGCAUACUGGCCGCGAGAAAAGGGCUUCGAUCGAUGGCGUUUAACGCGUUUGGUAGUGCCGCUUGUAUGACAGCUUUCGAAGCCUACGGCUGGUACUCGGAGUACAGGUCAGCCGAAGAAUUUAGACCGCGAGCGCCAAAAUAUGACAACUAACAACGCGCCCACCCAGAGACAGAGACUCGGUUAUGCCCGUGAGAGAGCCAAAAGUUUGUACGGGAUGACACUAUUGACUAUGGUCGGUAGUUAGCCUUUUUUUGAGCAGCAACGAGACAGAUGUGACACGAGCUAAGGAUGUCACUAAACAACAUCAUAGCCAACCACGUUUGGGUUUUUGGACCGCUGUGUUUAAAAAAAUCCGCGUCAAAGCCGAGGCUGUCUUGUCGAUCUCAUGUGGCCAAUAAUUGCCGCCUUCAUUUUAAAUGCUGCACUAUAUAGCCAGAGCGCGGGGCUAGUUAUUUGUUUCUUAAUUGGUAAUUUUCUUCCAAGUCUUUUUGUGUACUUUAUCCAUUUUCGCCCAGACUUGUCGGCUGGAAUGGGUAAAGUUUACGUUGGCAGUGGUUUCAUGACAUUAAUUAUUGCGUCUAUUUUCAAAAAUUAAAACCGUGAAUGAAAAUUCAUGCGUUUAUCUUUUGUGUGUA